AUGCCCGGCUGGCGCGACGAGUACCUUUCAUCCCUCAUGGAUGCCGACCAGCGGAAUCCCGUCAACCGAGAGCUUGUGGAUACCUGCCAGCAACUCUUCGACCGCAUAUCCGUACUAGAAGCCGAAAAGGCGGCCCUCCAACAGCAAGUCGAGACCUACCUAUCGUCCUCCUCGUCAAGUAGCGGCGCCGCCAACAAGCCCCGAGACCGAGACCCGACCAAGACCGAUGCCGCCGCUGACUCGACAACAACUGCGCCGACCGCCGCCGACUCCGCCCUUCUCGCCCGUCUCCGUGUCGAUCUAGCCGAAGCCCUCCGCGCAAAGGGCGAUUUCCAACGGCGCCUAACGGCAGUCGAAGAGGAGCUCGUCCGCUUGCGCACGAAGACGACAGCCGACAACAAGGCAUUACAAACAUUGACGGCUGAGAGGAAAACGCUCACCAUCAAGCUCCGAGACCGCGAGGAAGAGCUGCGCGCCAAGAGCAAGAUGUUGGCGGACGUGCAGGAUGAGUUGCAGGUACUUAACACCCACCUGGAUCUUGUCGAAAAGCGGCGCUCCGAGAUGGAGGCGGAGAACAAGCAGCUGGUAGCGCGCUUCAUGAAGCGGGUUGGGCAGGAGGCGGAGGCCAUGAACAUGGCGAAUGAUUCGACGUCGGGUUCCGGUCAUCGGUCAUCUGGUUCCAGGAGGAGAUAG